GCCACGAGCUCCUCAAUUUGCUAUAUAUAUUUACUUAUUAAUAACAAAGCUUUUGUUUCGAUCGGAAAAGUAAGUUAAGUGAAUUUGCCUGUUUUAAUGAACUCAAUAUGUUUUUGUUGUAAAUAGCUAGGUUGACUGUAUUUACUCGUAAUAUUAAAUAGAACUUAAUGCAAAAAUUGCCAAUAGACCCAAUCAUAUGAUUAUACUCGAUCCUUCUGAACACGGACACAGAGUACUUGCGGCAUAGCUGAAUGAUUGAAAAAUGUCAAUGAUAACAUAAAUACUGAACAGCAUUUCAUUGAUUUUUGUAUUCAUACAUACCAACAAUGACCAAACCAAUUACAGGAACUCGAAAAACGAUAAAUGCAUUCCCACGUCCCAUUGACUCGAGCACAAUUAUGAGAAAAAUAAUUUAUUGGUAUUUUUUUCUUAUUGUAAAAAUUGUUCCUAAGUCCACACUCACAGCGUUCGAGGUGAUACUGAAAUAUGAAUGUAAUAUUCGUCGCAAGCGCACGCCGGGGGCGGACGUUAACGUAACUUGGCGUAAUUAUAUGUUAUUAAUUAAAUUAUAUUCAUUAUGCGAGGCUGGGUGCUGCUUGUGUUGGCUAAGAUAUUUCUGAAGUACUGUGAUGGCAAGCAAUAUGCUGAUAAACUUGAUCGCUACAUAAUCACCUGCCACACGACAGACUUCGAGUGCUUCAAGAAGCAGUACAAGGCUCUCCGUGACAACGUCCUGCUCGGGAACGAGAGGCUCAGCAUCCCCACGUACGAGCACUACGUGUUUGCGUACGGCAGCAGCACCUGCGUCAAGCUGUCCGGGCUCGAGGAGAGCGAGCUGGUCUCCAUCACAUACGAAAGCGACCCAAGAAAGUAUACUCUGGUACUGGAACUGCCUUUAAGAAUCCAACAAGUGAAGAAUUCUAUCAAGAAAUGUUCCAUCCCUGAUAGAGCAUUCAAAAGCGUGAAGAAUCAUAUGGGAACACUAAUGAGGUUCACUGGCAACGCAACGAUCGGCGUAACAUAUCCAUAUAGGCUGAAGAAGAGGAAGGGCAUGGUGUACAUGCAGCUGGACGAUGAGAACCUGGACGUCAUCCUGGACAUACCGGACCUCAGCCACUUUCAUAUGAACAGCGAGGUUGAAUCUAAACUGUUUGAGUGGUCGGAGUGGGCCUACGAGGUCGUGCAGCAUGUGGACGCAGCUGAAAACUUCGCGCUACCCUACACCACGCAACUGAGGACACUCAUGGACCAUGUACCUUUACACAAAUUAAUUCUGCUGUACCCAGAAGAGGAAUAUUUAGAUUUGCAGUUUAGCUACUCAGAAACGACAUUGGUGACAAACCCUUAGAGGUCCAUCUAACAAACCAAGGUAGAAAAUGAAAUGCAUAAAGUAAAAGUUGACAGCAUAUGAGAGUGGUUUUUUGCAUGGACUUUAAUGUUUUACAGUUAGUAAUAAGGGCAUGCUUAUACGAGGCUACACUCCUUCCUCGACAGUUCAGUCAUCGCCAUACAAACCCAUUUCAUUUCCAUCUAAAUUGGUAAUUUUGUGUGAGUCGUUAUUCUCAUAUUCUCGGAUACAGAAGACUUAUGUUGCCUCGUGUACGAUGAGCGUAAUUUCAAUUGGUUGCCACUUAAAAGCAAGUUAAAAAAUGAGAGCUAGCAGAAUUAGCUUUAAGUUACAUGCUUACGGCAUCUCACGAAACUAGUAGAAAUGAAUGUAAAGGACAGCCGAUUGGCCAUUAUCAAAAUAUAUAAAUUCAUAAACUUUGAGUAUCACUGUUUUUAAAAAUUAUUUAUAAAACGUGUAAUUAAAAAUUUCUUAAACGAACGAAAAGUAUUUAUUACUUUACGAAUGCCAGGCAAAGUCCGAGCUAAUAAAUAUGAAACAGCCUAAUUUGGUUUCCUUUUUUAACUUAUUUCUAUUUAAGUCACGUAGCCCUUAAAAUGAUAUAUUAACAGUGUCCACAUUAAAGGGAAUUAAAAUUCCUCGCCAGGCAUUAUCGUCUAUUCCUCAGAUUAUUUACGAAUUCUAUGGAAAACAUUAUUUAAAGCACACGACACGAUAUCGUUACGACGAAGUACGGUAUCAUUAUUUUUGUAAACAGAAU